AUGUCAAAUUAUAACGUGUGUCCCGGUUAUAUUUACCGAACUAAGAGACGAAAAGCUCUAUGGCUGUGCUUUAUUUGCUCGUUAAUUCUCUUGUUCAUAAACCUCAUCCCGAGAGACACCAAUCAUCACAGCAAGGACUCGGAAGUCGAUCCUGGUUUUAUUGCCAGAUUUAAAGAAAGCUUAGAAAAACAAUCUGGUCAAACUUGCGUUCAUCCGCAACUUGAUCCGUUUCACCAAUCAGUCAUGAACUUUUAUCGAACUGUGCCUAAAGUGACAUGUAGUCCCGAAGAAAACUGGGUUUACGUAGUCAAUGGAACUUUUAGAAUUUCACGUCGAGCUGUUCGUAAAUAUGGUAAAAUAACUUGUGAAUAUGCACCAGUGGUUCGUGGAACCAGUGACUAUACCGCUCGACAUAUGGAGCAUAUAAAACCAAUGCCAGAUGGCUCGGCACUCGUAAUGGAUUUUUUCAAAGUGGCAUGUGUGUCAAUCAAUGCUAAAAGGUACUUUAAUAUCCACGCAGGCAUAUCUUUCAAUAAGACAGUCCAUGAAAGACAUUCUAAGGUAAAACUGCCGAAAAAUGCUCUCGGUUUGGAUGUCUUAAUGUUCGGAUUUGAUUCAGUGUCACGAAUGUCGUGGAUAAGACAAUUGCCCAAAACUCGAAAUUAUUUCCUUAACACUCUAAAAGGUAUUGAAUUAGAGGGAUACAAUAUAGUGGGUGAUGGUACACCACAAGCUUUAUUGCCAAUACUCACAGGGAAAACUGAAGAGGAGCUACCAGAAGCACGGCGUGGUCAUGAUGGUGCUCAGCCGGUUGAUGGUCAUCCUUGGAUUUGGAAAGACUUUAAAAAAGCUGGAUACGUCACAGCAUGGGCAGAAGACAUGGCAUCCAUAGGAACUUUUCAGUACCGGAUGAUUGGUUUUAAGGAGACACCGACAGACCACAAUAUGCGACCGUUUUACCUUUCAGCUGAGAGGAUGUAUGGAAGGAAUAGACCUUACUGUUUAGGAUCUGUGCCGAGACACAAGACGUUUAUAAAUUGGCUGGGAGAUGUGUUCAACAUGUAUGGUUCGAAAAGUAAAUUUGUGUUUGGUUUUCACGGUGAAACUAGCCAUAAUGAUAAUAAUCAAGUUCAAAUCGUUGACGAAGACGCAAUGGAGUUUCUAAAAUCACUCGAAGAUCGGAACCUUCUUAAUAGGACUAUUUUAAUCUUGAUGAGCGAUCACGGUGCCAGAUUUGCUGAUAUUCGUCAAACUGCUCAAGGAAAAGAGGAAGAGCGGAUGCCAUAUUUUGCUUACAGGUUUCCACCUUGGUUCGAAAAACAAUAUCCAGAAAUCAUUCAAAAUUUUAGGAAAAAUUCGCGGAGAUUAACAACACCGUUUGACGUUCACGAAACAUUCCAUGACAUACUGAACUAUAGUAGUGCUAAACUUGGUGAUUCAAAAAGAAGAGGCAUUAGUCUCUUUCGCGAAAUUCCCAAAGAACGUUCCUGUGCAGAUGCUGGAAUCCAACCUCACUGGUGUGCUUGUCUGCAAUGGUUGGAAGUAGAUCAGUCCGAUCCCGUGAUAAAACAGGCAGUGACUACAGCUAUAGAAACUAUUAACUCAUAUACCGAGCCACAUAGGUUACAAUGCAGCAAAUUAAAACUCUUUCGUGUUACUCGUUCCGUUAAAUACGCUACAAAUUCAAAUAUACUGAAAUUUAAAUCGAGUUCCGACCAUGAUGGACGUGUCGCGGAUUUAUCGGGUAACACCCAAGACGACGAGGAUUACUAUCAAAUAACUUUCAUUACGUCACCAGGAAACGGUCAAUACGAGAUGACCGUAAGACAUUGUUUAAACUCUAGUCAAAUUGUUGUGAGUGAAAAAGAAAUAAGUCGGAUAAAUCGAUAUGGUUCCGAUCCAGCUUGUAUACAAGACGAAUUCCCUCAUUUAAGGCCUUAUUGUUAUUGUAUCAAAACGUGA